AAGGGGUGUCACCCUCUUGGGGAAACUUCCCAUAAAUUGACCUUUUCUCUGUGGUUUCAGAGUUUUGAGUUAAAUUCGCCUUUGGUUGCUAAAAAACCGUUAUAGCAAAAGGCGUAGAAACGUAAAGGUCUUAGGAUUCAGGGCCUUUUUGUUGAGGUUUUAUCAGCAGAGCAUCUGUACGGGGAGAGAUCUUUCUGCAUUGUAUAUGAUCAAAGGUGGUGGGUGUGGAAGAUGAAGUUUUGCAAGAAAUAUCAGGAGUACAUGCAGGCCCAGGAGAAGAAACUUCCUGGGGUUGGGUUCAAGAAGCUCAAGAAGAUUUUGAAGAGGUGUAGGAGAGACCUUCAAAUCCAGAAAGGCCUUGAGGGUGUUGUUGAUAUCCCCACUUGCCCCCACCAUUGCCAAGUUUGUGAUGGAACCUUCUUCCCUUCACUUCUCAAGGAAAUGUCUGAAAUAGUAGGCUGCUUCAAUGAGCGAGCACAGAAAUUGCUGGAUCUGCAUUUGGCAUCGGGUGUUAGGAAGUACUACAUAUGGUUCAAAGGGAAGCUGCAAGGAAACCAUGUUGCCUUAAUUCAAGAAGGCAAAGACCUGGUCACUUAUGCAAUGAUCAAUGCCACUGCAAUUCGAAAAAUACUAAAGAAGUAUGAUAAAGUUCAUUACUCUAAGCAAGGGCAGGCAUUCAAGUCACAAGCUCAAAGCAUGCAUAUGGAGAUCCUUCAGUCCCCUUGGCUAUGUGAACUUAUGGCUUUUCAUAUCAAUUUACGGGAAUCCAAAGCCAAGUCGAGAAAGGCCCCUGCCUUGUUUGAUGGAUGCUCCCUCACAUUCAACGAUGGCAAACCAUCACUCUCUUGUGAACUCUUUGAUUCAGUCAAGCUCGAUAUUGACUUGACUUGUUCUAUAUGCUUGGACACAGUCUUUGACCCAGUAUCUCUCACGUGUGGCCAUAUCUUCUGCUACAUGUGUGCUUGCUCUGCUGCAUCAGUGACUAUUGUGGAUGGAUUGAAGAUAGCCGAACCUAAAGAAAAAUGCCCACUCUGUCGAGAGGCAGGAGUUUAUGAAGGUGCUGUACAUUUGGAGGAGUUAAACAUUCUAUUAAGUCGGAGCUGCCAUGAAUAUUGGGAGCAGAGGCUUCAAACAGAGAGAACAGAGAGGAUUCGACAAGCAAAGGAGCACUGGGAAUCCCAAUGUCGAGCAUUCAUGGGUGUCUGAACAGGAAGUAUCUCUCUUCGGUAGUGCCUAUUACUAGGUACCUGUGGAAAUUCAUUUCAUGUAUUUUGAGGUUUCUCAAUGUUUGUUUCAGGAACAUAUCUUCUCCCUGUAGAAAAUUGUAUAUAUGCAUUUUGUAUUCCAAGUUUAUGAUGUAUUGUUGAUACAAAAACCCGUUUGUGAUUUUGUAGCUUGAUUGAGUUGAAAUACCAUUACAACUUCAAAAUUUUUGUA